AUGUCGCAAUCACUUUAUCAUCACCUCUCACAAAUUCAAGAAGAAAAUCCAACAGUGAUGAACACAAACGAUAAAAUCACUAAAUUCUUUGAUUUGAGAGAAGGAGAAGUUACCAAUUUUACAAAAUUUAAUGCAGAAAGUUUGGGUAAGAUUAUGAACAGAGAUUUUGGUGAUAAAUCCGAUCUGGUGGAAGUGAAUACUUUGGAAGAGUUUGAAAAGUUUGAAUGGUUUGCAAGAUUGAAGGAAAUUUUGAGAAAUGAUUGCAAUAUCAAUCCAACUACUUUACAAAGUUUCAAGUUUUAUUUUAGUUACAAUUCUUAUGGAGGUGGAUUUAGAGAAGAACACAGAUAUAUUGGAAUUCCUAAAGUUUUUAUGCUUUAUUUUGAAGUGAGUGAUUCAUGGUAG